UUAAAUAUUAAACUGUCAAGUCAAAAGCUUCGGUCAAAGUUGACUUCGACAAGUUCACGCGACUCUGCAUUUACCGCGAUAAUGUCUGCAGGAAAUAUUUCCCGAUUCUGGGAAUGGGGGCGGAAAAUUAUUUGCGUUGGCAGGAACUACGCGGAUCACGCCAAAGAACUGAAAAACGCAAUCCCCACGGAGCCGGUCCUGUUCUUGAAGCCGCCUUCCGCCUAUCUUAGAGAGGGGUCGCCCAUCCUGGUUCCUCUCUAUUCCAGCAACCUGCACCAUGAAGUGGAGCUCGGCGUGGUGAUCGGCAAGGCGGGCACUGCAAUCCCUCAAGCCGUCGCUAUGCAGCAUGUGGCCGGAUACGCGUUGUGCUUGGAUAUGACUGCUAGGGACGUCCAGGACGAGUGCAAGUCCAAAGGUCUGCCCUGGACCCUGGCCAAAGCCUUCAACACCUCCUGCCCCGUCAGUGAGUUCAUCCCCAAGGAGCGAAUCCCCGAGCCGGGCAAUGUCAAACUGUGGCUGAAGGUCAACGACCAGUUGAGGCAGAGUGGGUGCACCUCCCAGAUGAUCUUCUCCAUCCCGUAUCUCAUCAGCUACAUCAGCGACUUCAUCACCUUGGAAGAGGGCGACCUUAUCCUGACAGGGACCCCCAAGGGGGUUUCGGCUGUGCAAGAGCACGACGAGCUGCAGGCGGGUAUUGAUGGAGUCAUCACAAUGAACUUCAGAGUGGACAAGCAAGAAUCUACUUAAUAAAAAAAAACCUACAAACACACACAAACUGUAAGAAAUAUUCAAGUGUCAGCUCCUGUUCCACGUAUGUACCAGGCUUGAACAGCAGAUGGCAGUGUUGGCCUUUCUUUGUACAGCAAUGGACAAUCUCUAACGAGCAAAAAACUGUGGAUUUUUCAUUUGUUUAUUUUUUUCCGGUUUGAUAUUAUAAUAAGAAUGAAAGACGACAACAUUCAUCUGCCAUCCAUACAUGGAGAUUUAAUAAAUAAAAUGGUCCAAUAUUUCUCAGGAAAUGAGAGAAACAUUUACAUUUGUGCUUGUUUUUUUUUAGUCAGACUUCUUAUAUCUGCUCAUAACACUCAUGAAACAAUAUAAAAUAUCUGUAACCUCAUUGUGCCCUUUUCAU